GAUCCAAGCUCCAGCAGCCUAUUAGAAUGCAAGCAAUCUAAUCCCCGCUUGGAGCUGACGAAGAAUAAUUGGAACUGGUGCUGCUGCAGCAGCAAACCCACCUCAGUUGGAUCUAUGUAUCUGAAAUCCGCUCAAAAAGAGAAAUAGAAGACCCCGCGGUGCUCGGCGCGUUCCUGAAUCCCUGAAGUGCACCAUAUGGCUUCUCAUGGAGCGUUCCUUCCCCUCUUUUGGGCGGCCAAGGAGAGAGAAAGUUCUAAGCAGUGGUGCUUAUACGGAUUUGUAUACGCGGCGCGGUUCGCAAUUCGGAAUUGAUUUCCCAUUGUUUAUUUCUCUUUUGAAUUUUUCUCUUUCAGCGACUACCUUUGACACUGCUAUUGAGCCACUCCGUGUAUAUAUCUCCAUGACAGCACAGCUGAGCCAGACUCCAACAGGGCUCCCUCCUCCACCCGGGGCUCCCAUAGACUUGUACUAAGCUGAAAGAGUGUUUCUGAGCCUUUGAGGCGAAGUGCGUGUCGUAUAUUGUUCGCUUGCUAUGCACAGUGGAGACUCGUCGGGUGACAUACGGAGGAAUAUGACUGGUUUACUGGUACACACAACUGGCACGAUACGCGCUUCUGUGGCUUUAUUGCCAUUGCUCCGCUCUGAGAAUAAUCCGCUCUCGGCGGAGAGUGGGUCUUUUUACGUGGACUUUACGCUGUUCUUACUCGGUUUCACUUUUGGAAAGAGACUUGGAGAAAGAAGCCCCUUACACGGAUCUGCUUCAUGGUCAGGGCAAUUUCGAAUGAAUGAAUGUAACUGGUUACUUGGAGCCUGCAUAUGCUACUCAGCAGUCAAUUGGCCAAAAAAUCGGUCUUUCCGAUUGUCCACAUGGCUUUUUCUCUCUUUGCACACUUGUUAUCUACAGUAUACUGCUAAUACUGUGCAAAUCUCAGCCAGUUUAGGUGUCCUUUUGUUCACAUCCUGGAUCCUUCCGAACGGCCCUGUCCGGCUCGUCCUACAAAUAUUUAACCUGUCGUUCGACUCGUGCACGGGGCCUUGCCCUUGGAGGGCCCGAACACCAAACGUGGAACUUUCUGCAAUGGAAAAAGGUGCCCCCCAAACGUCUUCCACGUCAUUGGCGUUGAACCUUUGUUUGAGCUUGUUGACUUUUCUAGUUGCGAGUCUUGCGUCAGUUCCCUCUAGGACCGUGAGGGUGUUAUACAACAAAAGCACAGGUCAUAAACGGCUUUCAAAGGCGAAUACCUCGACCAAAAUUUCUUGGCGACCCAUGCGACAAGUCGGACUCCCGUCAUUCCCUGGGCGGCGGCCUCUGAGACUUCCUCUCAUUGGUCUGAGAAGAUCCUACGGUAACAGAGGGUUACAGGCAACCUAUCAUGACGCAUAGAUCGUCAGGAGGUUGUGAAGCUUUUUGAGGAGAAUCUCAGUGCCUCUUGACCGGCGACCGAUCUCUCCAAUCGCAGGCCGCCGGCUACUUCUCCCUGGUUGAUUUACAAUAAUUUGCAAGAGGCGGCGUUGACACAGGGACGAGCUAGAAGAACGUGCUUCAUACCUAAUAUUACUGUAACCCCUAGAUUGAUGCCAAUACUUUGGAAAGACCCCUGCGUGGAGUCCUCGAUCCAAUUCGAUCCAUGUUAUCAAGACGACUCAAAGUGGGUGGGUCGUUGGACGUUCGAUCACUGGGACGAUCAUUUUGUUUGUUCAAGUACCCCUAAUGGCUUGAGCUUUGUGGCGGAGCUAUUAAACCAUUUGGAGUUAC